GCAGCUUUCAAAACCUAUCCUGCCCGUUGGUUUUACGAUACAAAGUAGAAAUAAAAAUACAGACCUCCCGCUUCUUCUUAAGCAUUCGAAUUUCAGAUUUUUAUUUAAACUCUUUCCAAACAAACACUCUUCAAAACCUAAUCAUCCAUCGCUAAUCGCUUCUCCUCUGCUCUUCCUCUCGCCUUUCUCAGGAAGCAGCACGCAACUUCAAAACCCUAAGUUUUUACCACUGUCAUUUUUUUGCUGUUCAGUGUCGUUUUAAUAAUGGCUCUCGAAAUCACACAAAUUCUGUUGGCUGCCCAAUCACUCGACGCGAAAUCCCGAAAUGAGGCAGAGGGAAAUCUUAGACAGUUCCAAGAGCAGAACCUGCCUCUUUUCCUUCUCUCACUGUCAGUUGAGCUUGCCAACAAUGAGAAACCCCAUGAAUCACGUCGGUUGGCUGGUAUCGUGCUUAAAAACUCUUUGGAUGCUAAAGAUGCCAUGACAAAGGAGCAUCUUGUCCAACAAUGGAUGGCAAUUGAAAUAUCUGUUAAGUCACAAAUCAAAGACUUGCUAUUGAGAACUCUUGGGUCAUCUGUACAGGAGGCUAGACAUACUUCUGCUCAAGUUAUUGCAAAAGUUGCUUCUAUUGAGAUUCCACGAAAGCAAUGGCCUGAGUUAAUUCAAUCGUUGCUUAGCAAUAUGACGCAGCAAGAUAAUUCUGCGGCUCUUAAACAGGCAACACUAGAAACUUUUGGAUAUGUCUGUGAGGAAAUAUCUCAUCAGGACCUUGAACAAGUUGAAGUGAACCACGUCCUUACUGCAGUUGUCCAAGGCAUGAACCUUGAUCAACAUGGUCCUGAAAUCCGCCUUGCAGCAACAAGAGCGUUACUCAAUGCCUUAGAUUUUGCACAGUCUAACUUUGAAAAUGAGAUGGAGCGGAAUUACAUUAUGAAGGUGGUUUGUGAUACAGCCUUGUCCAAAGAAGCAGAGAUUAGGCAAGCAGCCUUUGAGUGUCUUGUUUCGAUAGCAUCCACAUACUAUACAGUGCUUGAACCUUAUAUGCAAACUCUUUUUCAAAUUACAUCAAAUGCAGUGAAAGGAGAUGAAGAGACAGUUGCACUCCAAGCAAUUGAGUUCUGGAGCUCCAUUUGUGAUGAAGAGAUAGAGUUACAAGAGUAUGGAAUUUCUGAAACUGGGGAUUCUGAGACUGUUCAUUCACACUUCAUAGAAAAGGCCCUCCCUUCUCUUGUUCCUAUGCUGCUUGAAACAUUAUUGAAGCAGGAAGAGGAUCAAGAUCAGGAUGAUGGGAUAUGGAAUAUAUCCAUGGCAGGGGGAACAUGUCUAGGUCUCGUGGCUAGAACUGUUGGGGAUGCUGUUGUGCCCCUGGUAAUGCCUUUCGUUGAGGCUAACAUAGUAAAGCCAGACUGGCGUUGCCGUGAGGCAGCUACAUAUGCAUUUGGCUCAAUUCUUGAUGGUCCAGGCACUGAAAAGCUAGCCCCACUAGUUAAUGCGGGCUUGGAUUUUCUACUUACAGCCAUGAAGGACGGAAAUAAUCAUGUCAAGGACACAACUGCAUGGACUCUUAGUCGAAUAUUUGAGUUGUUGCACUGUCCUGCAGGUGGGUUUUCUGUUAUUUCUCCCGAGAACCUCCACCGGAUUGUAGCAGUUCUUCUGGAAAGUAUUAAUGAUGCUCCACAUGUAGCUGAGAAGGUUUGUGGUGCAAUCUAUUACCUUGCCCAGGGAUAUGAGAACGCAGGAGCAAGCUCCUCACUCAUGACACCAUGCCUUCCUAAUAUUAUCUCUCAACUUCUUAGAACCACCGAGCGUACAGAUGGAAGUGACUCACGGCUCAGAUCAUCUGCAUAUGAAACCUUGAACGAGGUCCUCCGAUCUUCCAACAUUGUGGAAUCGUCACAAAUCAUCACAGAGCUUCUUCCUGUCAUCAUUCACAAGCUUGGGCAGACACUAGAUCUUCAGAUUGUUUCAUCAGAUGACAGGGAGAAACAAGGAGAUUUACAGGCUUCCCUCUGUGGUGUUCUACAGGUGAUAAUUCAGAAGCUUGGCAGUGCUGAUGAGACCAAACCCAUUAUACUCAGGUCUGCAGAUUCAAUUAUGAUUCUGUUCCUUAGAGUGUUUGCUUGCCGGAGCUCUACUGUACAUGAGGAGGCAAUGCUUGCAAUUGGUGCUCUUGCUUAUGCCUGUGGACCAGAAUUUGGUAAAUAUAUGCCAGAGUUAUACAAAUACCUAGAGAUGGGAUUGCAGAAUUUUGAAGAGUACCAGGUUUGUGCCAUCACAACUGGGGUGGUGGGUGACAUAUGCCGUGCGUUAGAUGAUCAGAUUAUACCUUACUGUGAUGGGAUCAUGACCCACCUUAUACGCAAUCUCCAAAGUGGUGAACUCAACCGAUCUGUCAAGCCUCCCAUAUUCUCCUGCUUCGGCGACAUUGCGCUUGCAAUAGGAGAGCAAUUUCUCAAGUAUAUCGAGUCUGCUAUUACAAUGAUGCAAAGUGCUGCUCUGUUAUGUGCUCAGAUUGAUGACAGUGAUGAAGAGUUGAUGGAAUAUGGCAACCAGCUAAAGCGUAGCAUUUUUGAAGCUUAUUCUGGUAUUCUUCAGGGUUUCAAGAAUUCCAAACCAGAGGUGAUGCUGCCACAUGCUGGACAUCUUUUGCAAUUCAUAGAAGUGGUUUGUAGAGAUAGUCAAAGGGAUGAGAGUGUGACAAAAGCUGCAGUUGCAGUGAUGGGUGAUCUAGCAGAUGCACUUGGUUCCAACACAAAGAUUUUGUUUAAAGACAAAACAUUCUAUUCUGAUUUUAUUGGGGAAUGUCUCCAAUCUGAUGAUGAACAGCUCAAGGAGACUGCAAAUUGGACCCAGGUGAUGAUCGCACGUGUUAUGGUCUCAUGAGAUUAGCUUGAUCUCUCUGUGAGUAUAAUGGCUGUUUAUGGCCAAUUGUUUCUUGGUAGAUUAGCAGAGAACACUCUUCUGUGUUUUUUUUGCUCUUUUCCGUUUUAGUCUGGUAAAAAGUGUCAAAGACAAGGGAAAAAAAGCAACCUUGUGUGUUCUGUCUAUCAUUUUCUGCUGAUCUCAAUAGGAUGGAAGAGAAAUCUUUUGUUAAAUGCUUUGCUAAACCGUGCCACUAAUCGGUGGUUUAUUAGGUCAUUUUAUUUAAUGGUUUCGGCAUUCAUCCCCAUCAAAUUGCUGAAAAUUUAA